ACUAAGUCUUUGUGUAUGGAAACAAAAAUGUCUUCCACGACAUAGCGACUUGCAUUAAUAUAGGCAUUGGAAAAAUUAUUAAUUUGUAGCUAUAUUCUCAGAACUGGAAGCAGCUGUGACGACAGUGGAGUGGCAGAAUAUUUACAUAUAGCGUUUAUGCUGAACGAUGGUGAUGCUGGAUAUUAGCAUACUCCAGUCAUGAAUCACACAAGUCGGUAAGUCGACGGUGUGUCUACAUACAUAUACGUGUUCACCAUCAAUCAUUACAUAUCGGUUAAGUGGCUGGUGUUUGUGACGUGUACCUCAUCUUCUGGCAGGAGUUGAUGUGUGGCUUCUAGUGCAGCUGCACGUGACAGCCCACAUUUACAGUCAUCGAGGUCAGAAUCCUCGUCGCAGUGCCGAGAUGGUUGUAAUGUUGAGACAGUGUUGUUGCGGGUGUUCGCUCAAGACUGGAAGCAGCAUCAUCAGCGUCACAGACGCGACUAUUGGUAUACUGAGCAUAGUGCUAGCAAUUUCAGGACCAGAAUUUUCAAAGGAUUUUCACGGGAUGUUUGAAGUUGUGAUUGCGAGUGGAGUCACAGGGGCCAUAUUGAUGAUGGUUAGCAUCCUCAUGUUUUUCGGAUCUCGCAGAGGUCAAAUGCGGUACCUGCUUCCCUGGCUUCUUUACGGGUGCCUUUACCUCUUUCUGUCAUUUGUCCAGCACAUAAUAUUUGCCAUUACCAAUUUCACCCACGACCGUUUUGGAGUUGCAACUGGAUUUAUCGUGGUUCUAUUAAUCCAUGAAUGUUUGCAAGUGUACUCCCUCCUAGUUGUAUACAGCUACUAUCGAGACCUGAAAGGAGAAGGAUCAACAAUGCCCUGAACACAAAACUUCUUUACUUCACUUAAACUUCUGUACCCGCAAAUCACUUUUGUGACGGAUACCAACUUCUGAAAUCAUGCUGAUUGGAAGGUUAUAAUUCUCAGGCCAGAUGAUCCACACACAUACGAUCUCACCACGAUCACACCUUCCAAGUGAUGAAUGACCGAUGUUCAUAUGCUGAAUUUAUGUACGAAUAACCAUUAUAAAUAAACAGUCACAGAGGAAGAGUUUUAUAGCUUUGCUGUGGAAAACAUACCAAACCAGACAAUAACAUCAAAAUUUUCAGUGCAAUAAUAAGCUAACUCGCAGCAUGCUGUGAUAAGAAGGGGAAAAUCAUAGUUACAUACCAAUACAGACCAAAAAACCGAACUUCUUUGUUCGAAGACAUUAUCUCCUGUUUGUUUAGUUUGUUACAUAUUGUUAUCAAAUUUGUUUCUGUAUGCUGGAACGCAAUACAAUAUAUAGCUUUCUUUAGAAACUUUCUUUGAAAAGCAGUUCUAGCACUGAAGCAAGAUGUCAAAUAGAAAUGCUUUCAUUAGUAUUCCAUCUUCAUUCUAGGACACUGUAAUUUGUUUUAUUAUGGGUUAGAUGUUUUCAUUGUAAAUAUUCACUGAUAAUUAUCAGAUUAUAAUCUUCCAUGUCGAAAUCGUAUAUGACAACAGAAUUGCAUGCUUAAGAUUUUAAGAACCAUGCAAAUGUGAAUGAAAAUCUAUGAUGUAUCAUGUGUAUUAUUAUUAUUAUUAUUAUAGCGUAUAUGCAUCAUGUUAUAUUAAUUUCCUUGAAAGUCGCACAAAUGUUAUUUAUAUUAAAGCACUUGUAACGUUUUUAUGCUUGUGAACUUAUCACCCUGUGGAAGUUCAUAAUUUUUCGACCUACUUGCAUUCAAUAUUCAUUCGCGCAAUAAAAAUAUUUAAUUUUUCAAAUUA